UUAAAUAUUUGCAAGGAAUGUAAAAAUGUCAAUACCAUAACCACAAUAACAGAAACACAAAUAAUACAGAUUACAUAAAAAUUAUUGUUGAUUUUCUAUGACAUGUUUUACUAAUAUAAACAUUUCAAAUAAAACAUUCUAAAAUAUUAUUCCAUUUAAAAUCAAACUGCAUAGUGUUUUAUGUUAUGUACACACAUCAUUAACCAUACAUCCAAUAUAGGUUAUGAACAAACAACUUCACUAACUUAUAUCAAACAUGGAAGAAAAGAAAGAUGAAAAUAAUAACAAAAAUAAGAAAGAAUCAUUACCCAAAGGAAUAUUGAGGCACCCAUCGAACCAAGCAAGCACCUCUAGAAGGUAAAGUGUGUUUUUGAAGUUAAACAGAAAAAAAGUAUAAAAUGGGAUGAAAUGAAUAUUAUUGCUACACUGCAUCCAGCAGGAAAGGAUUACGGCAAUAUGAAAAUCAAUGAAGUUCCAACCCCAUUUGAAAGGCCUUCUUCCGCAGACGGCAAGGGUGUUGACGCAGAAACGUUAGCAAAACGUCUUGAAGAAGCUAAUGUGUCCUGGUCCAGUAUCUCUGAAGAAGAAGAGGAGGAGGAGGAGGAGGAAUCGGAGGAAGAAAAAAAAAAGAGAGAAUCAUUUCAGAAGAAAAGAAAGGAACAUUACAAUGAAUUUAUUGAGGCCAAAAAGAAACUGGCAGAACUAGAAGAUGCGGAUGACGAAAACAGUGACAAUGAACCUACCAAAUAGCUGGAUUAUUGGCCAUACAUUGAAGUUUUAUUUCAAUACAUGAACUCGAAAGUGGAAAAUUGAUAUUAUAAAAAGUAAUACAUAUUAUAAAAAGUAAAAAGGUAAAGUAAAGAUGUCUUAUUUUACCAGGCGAAAUUAA